GCGCGGCUGGAGGAGGCGGAGCCCAGGAAGCCAGGCAAGAUGGCGCCGUCCGCGUUGCUGCGCCCAUUCUGGAAGCUGCUGGCCCCGGCUAGGUUCCCGAUUGUGUCUUCAUCGCGGUCAAAGUUCUACAUCCGGGAACCGCCGCAUGGCAGCCCUAACUGGCCGAAGGUUGGAUUGACCUUGGGCACCUCCGCUUUUUUGUGGAUCUAUCUCAUCAAACAACAUAAUGAAGAUGUUUUAGAGUAUAAAAGAAGAAAUGGGUUGGAAUAAACUUUUGAAAUACUAAAAUAGUAUGUUCCAUAUAGUGAUUAUAGCAGUUCCUCUGGAUUCAUGAAAUCUGUUGAGUUGUAAACGUGAGAGAAGGAAUUACGUGUGAAUAUAUGUCAAGUCAGCAUUUGUGUUUUACAUGUUUAAAUUAAAAAAUACUUCUGUAUUCUUCAGAUUAUGUAUAUUGUGACAAUGUAUAGAAUAUCAAUUCUAAGGAAAAUUAUUAAAUGUAUUUUAAUGUGGAAAGUACCAUCUGAUAAUAGGGUCAAUGAUAAUUAAGGACACAUUGGUAAGAAAACUUUUUAAGGAUAUAGAUUUUUAAAAAACCACGGCUGGAGGAUUUACUCCUUAUAUCAACUUUUAAUUUCUAAUCAAAACAUUUAUUCUUUAGUGAUCAGGGUGGUAGAGCUACUCCUAUUCUAUUGUCUAAAAUACAAAAGAACCCAAAUACUGUUUUCUUCUGGAGGAGAAAGUGAAGGUGAAUCCUCUCAAAAGAGUUUCUUCUGACUCUAUUUCCUUGAGUUUGGAUGGUUUUCAUUUGGGUAACAGUGUUUACACCUAUAUGGCCACACUGUUUGUGGCCUCUUUUUGCUAACAUGAAUUUCAUCCAGUGAAUAGCAGACUAAUUCAAAAAAAGGUGAGGAAGAAAGGGUUAGUGGAAGUUAAUAGACACAAAUUAACAAACACCUCAUUUAUCCCUCAUUAGAACCCUUUCUUAUGAAUCAGUUAAAACUUCUUUAUAUGCCAUUUCAUUAAUUUAAACAUUUAAAUGCACUAUACAUUUAAAUUAUCAUUUAUAUCUCCAUUCUGAUGUUAAAUAGAAAGUUUCAUUGGCUUUGUGUGUGUUUCGGGCUCUGGCCAGCACUUAUUCUGGGAGAUUGAUGGCCCGAUGUCUUUGGAAGUCACUUCCAAACAUAAAUUCACAGUUAAAUUAUUUCAGAAUAAGUAUUUAAUCCAAGUUCAGUGAAAGACCAAAUAUAAUAGUACCAAUUAGCAUUUGUCAGUUCAGAGUUUUAAUUGGUAGAAGUGGAAAGGACCUUAGGGGUCAUAUAGACCAAUUUCAUAAUUUUACAUGUGCAAAAACCAGAGGUAAAAAGUUAUUUGCCCAGCAUCAAUGGAAAGUAGAAUAAUGGAUCCUAAAAGAUGACCAUGUCCUAUUCCCUGAAGUUUGUAUAUAUGUUAGGUUAUAUGGCAAAGGUGAAUUAAAGUGGCAUAUGGAAUUAAAUUUGCUAAUCAGACAUACAGAUAGAUUAUCCUGGAUUAUCUGGCUGUGCCCGAUGUAAUCACAAGGGUCCUUAUAAGUGGAAGAGGGAGGCACCAGAGUGUGUCAGAGUAAUGUGAUUGGAGAAGGAUUCAGUCUGCUGUGGUUAGCUUUGAAAAGGGAAGAGAGCCACGGAAUGGAGAAGGCAAAGAACUUAUCCCCUGGAGCCUCCAGAAAGGAACUCAGCCUUGCUGACACCUUAAUUUUAGCCCAGUGAGACCCAUGUUGGAUUUCUCACCUACAGAAAUAUAAGAUGAUAAAUUUUUGUUGUUUUAAACCACUUAGCUUGUUAACAGCAGCAGUAGGAAACUAUUAUUGUCACAUGGUAUUGGACCAAGAAGUCAGGUCCCAGCUCCCAAUUCAAAGAACUUUAAAUGAAACACUUAAAAUUCACAUCCCUAAAGGAAACAAAAAACUCUAAGACACUUUAAAUUCUGGAAGCUGAUAGCCUUAGUUGGAAGUAAAAUACAGCUUUAAUAAGCAGGAUCUACUGUACAUCAGGCCUUGAAAAUAUUGCUUCCCUGUGUGGACUUUGAUCUUGAUUGUGCCAGUGUAACCACAUGGAGAGCCAUCAUGAAGACUGGGGCUGUCCAAAAGAAUCUUCUGCAGCGAUGGAAAUGUUCUAUCUGUUCUAACCAGGGCAGUAGCCCCUACGUCCAUGUGACUAUUGAGUGUUUAUUUCAUUUUAAUUCUUUUAAAUAGCCACACGGGGCUGGUGGCUGCAGUGUCGGACAGUAGAGGUGCGGAUUCUGAGUAACACCUCCUAGAAUUGUGCCACAUAGGGACACUGGUAGAAGAUGGUUUCUAAACUGUUGAAACCUAACUCAAAUUAUAUUAAACUAAAAAAGAGGCUACAGAAUGACUCUAAGACCCCUUUAACAGGGACACACCUGUGCCCAGGAAUAAUUGAGGCCUGGAACUCAAAUGUCAUCAAGACUUUUGGUCUUGGCUCUGCUCUCUGUAUAUCUGCUUUGUUGCCUUUGCAUACAGACCAUCUCCUCCCCAAGUCACAUUCUAAAGAGAAGGCCACAAUCAAUAGCCCCUGGGUAUACACCUCAGUUUGAGAGAGAAGCCAAACCGAACAAGAAUCAUUUUGAUACUAAAUACCUAAGAGAAACGGCCAAAUGACAGUUCCUUUAGCAAUAACAUAAAAACUUCCAUAAAGAAGAUGCAGGCAAAAUCAUAUGUCCAAUGCUGUCAAGUUUUUUCAGUCAGAAUCAGAUUUUUUUUUUCAGAUUUAGUAUCUGUGAGAUAGUCAUUUAAAUUAUUUUCUUAAGUUGCAGUAGGAAAAAAACAAGCUUUAUGAGCUUAGUUUUAAGAAGUUGUGGGUUAUAUUUUGGCCCCAAAAAGAUAAGUGAAGUCCUGACCCCCAGUAUAUCAGAAUGUUCCCUUACUUGGACAUAGGAGAUUUGCAGAUGAGUGUACUGGAGUAGCGUGUGUGCUUAGUUGUAGCCGCCAGGCUCCUCUGUCCAUGGAAUUUUUCAGGCAGGAAUAUUGGAGUGGAUUGCCAUUUCCUUAUCUGGGGGACCCUACCACUCAGGGAUUGAACCCAUGUUUCCUGUGUCUCCUGCAUUGCAGGAGGAUCCUUUAUCCACUGAGCCAUCGGGGAAGCCCUUUGUAAAAUGGAUCCUUAGUCCAAUAUGACUGAUGCAUUUCUAAGAAGAAAAGAGGCAGAGAAGAGAACCUUAAAUGAGGGAGGCAGAGAUUGGAGUGAUGCGUCUGCAAAGCAAGGAUGACUGGUAAACAUCAGAAGCUGCAAGAGGCAAGAGAGGAUUCUUGCCUACAAGUUUCAUGCCUUGAUUUCAGACUUGUAACCUCCAGAAAUGUGAGAAUAAAUUUCGUUGUUUUAAACCA